CAUUCAGUUGGCACCAGGGAAGUUUGAUAGAAAGAAUCAAUGUCUUAUUCUUCUUUCAUACUAUAAAAAAGCUUUCAAACAUAUUGAAAUUAAAGACCAAACUCAAUAAGGAAGCUAUGGCAUCUUCAUCUUUUGCUUGUCAGAUCAAGUUAUCUUCUUCCCUCCAUGAUCAAUCACAAAGAUCUGAUCAUCACCACAGAUCCCCUCUCCUCUCUUCGACCAAGCCACUGAUGAAAGAGUUUGAGCAGGCACCAUUGAAGCUUAUUAACAUCAUCAACUUCCCAGGAAUCAUUUUCAAGAAAAUCUCCUCAAGAAUGUUGGAUUCAUUAGUUGAUUCCUUGUUUCAAUUUGUUGAUCAACCUUUGCUCCCUUCUCAGAAGAACUUUGCUCCGGUGGAAGAACUUGGAGGACCCAUUGAAGUUUCUUGUGAUGAAGGGGGAAUUCCUAUAGAUUUUCCAGAGGGAGUGUACAUAAGAAAUGGCUCUAAUCCUCUCUUUGGAGGACUAAAGUCGACAGAAUCGUUUCUUGGAAGAUCAAGCUGCAUCUGGGUGGAAGGAGAAGGAAUGCUUCAUGCUGUCUAUUUUCACAAGGACCCCAAUGGGGAUUGGACAGUUUCCUACAAGAACAAGUACGUAGAAUCCGAGACGUUCAAGCUAGAAACGGAAAGAAACAGGCCUGGUUUCCUUCCAGCUAUUGAAGGAGAUUCUCCUUCUGUCAUGGCUGCUCAUUUCCUUAAUCUGUUGAGGUUUGGCAUGAUCAAUAAACUGCUGAGCAACACAAACAUAUUUGAACACUCUGGAAAACUAUAUGCCAUCUCAGAGAAUCACUUGCCUCAAGAGAUCGACGUUUUAACACUGCAAACACGCGAUGAAUGGGAUGUCAAUGGAGCCUGGAAGAGACCUUUUACCAGUCAUCCCAAAAAAGCUCCAGGAAGUGGAGAAUUGGUCAUAAUGGGAGUAGAAGCAAUCAAACCAUUUUUUGAAGUUGGAGUUAUCUCUGCGGAUGGGGAGAGAAUGGUGCAUAAGGUGGAUCUUAAGCUAAGCAGAUCUCCAUUGAUCCAUGAGAUGGGGAUAACCCAAAAGUACAAUGUUAUCAUGGAUUUCCCUUUAUUGUUAAGCAUAAAAAGGCUAAUGAAAGGAGGACCGUUGAUAAAGUAUGACAGUGAAGGGUAUGCAAGAAUAGGGGUGAUGCCACGCUACGGAGAUGCAGAUUCUGUGAAGUGGUUUGAUGUUAAGACACAAUGCACUUUACAUAUAAUCAACUGCUUUGAAGACGGUAAUGAGGUUGUAGUAAGAGGAUGCAGGGCUGAGGCAUCAGUGCUGCCGGGGCCUGAAAGGGGAGAAAGAAAGCAUGAAUGGUUCUCGAGGGGAUACAAACAUGUGGGAAUGAAAGAAGAAGUGUUUCCUAACGAUGAUUAUUCACAUAUGGAUGGAAAAUUCUUCACUCGAGCAUAUGAAUGGAGAUUAAAUAUGGAAACUGGAGGAGUUGAGGAGAGGUAUCUGUCUGGGACUGAUUUCUCAAUUGACUUCCCGAUGGUAAAUCCAAGUUUUACAGGUCUUAAACAUAAGUAUGCAUAUGCCCAAGUCAUUGAUUCUUUAGCAAGCUCUAUUUCUGGUAAUAUGAAAUAUGGUGGUAUAGCUAAACUGCACUUUGAAGAAGAAGCUUCUUAUAAGUCCAAUUCUCAUCAUAAUGAGAAUAAUAAUGGGUUAACAAAGAUGGAGAUUCACAAAUUCGGAGAAGGCAUAUUCUGCAGUGGAAGUGCAUUUGUUAGUAAGGAAGAAGGUGGUAAUAAUAUUGAUGAAGAUGAUGGAUGGAUUGUCUGUUUUGUUCAUAAUGAAUUAACAAAUUUGUCCAAAGUUCACAUAAUCGAUGCAAAAAACAUGGUUUCAGAACCUGUUGCCAAAAUCACACUGCCUCAGAGGGUGCCUUAUGGCUUUCAUGGAGCUUUCUUCUCCAUACCAAAUUAAUUUCAACCUUAUUAUAUAGCUCAGAUCCUUUCAAAUCUUGUUCUUUUGGGUCAACUUGGCACUUUUCUAAAGUUCAGGACUUUUUUGUCCUAAGUAAAAAUGUCUGGUGUUUGUUU